AGCCGAGCUGCCGGUCCUGCCGGCGUCCCAGCCCGCCCGGGCGCUUCGAGCGCAGCUGCCGUGCGGAGCUGCUACGGGAGCGGCACCGCGGCUCCGUGCCGGCGAUGUCGCCGAGCCCGCUGGCAGCACGCGGCCGGGCGGCGGUGCUCCUAAACGGCUUCACAGACUCGCCUAAACACUCCCCGCCGCCCGGCCCUGCUGCUCAGCCGUUCGUUUCCCCGCAGCAGUCGAUGCCCCGGAGGAAGGCGGUGCCGACGCUGGGCAGCCUCUGCCUGCAGAGCUUGGUGCAGCACAUGCAGAGCGUGUGGGUGAAGGACUACAGCGAGAACUACCUGGAUGAGUACAGCUUCCGCUUCGUCAUGGGCCCCUUCAACGACCUGGCCGGCAGUUUGGUGCAGGACCUGAUCCGGCUGCUGGGCGAGAGCCGCCGCCUGUCGCGAGCUGCGCUGCAUCUGCUGCUGCUGCCUCACCUGCAGGAGCUCAGCCUGCAGCACUGCCACGGCCUGGUCAGCAACGCCAUCGGGCAGCUCAUCACCGUGCGCUGCAAGAGCCUGAGCGCGCUGGACCUGCACGGCUGCAGCCGGCUGUCGACCGACGUGCUGGUGGACCUGGUGGAGGAGCUGCCCCUGCUGAGCCGCCUGGGGCUGGCGGAGACGCAGGCCAACGUGCAGGUGCUGGCGGCCGUGGGCUCCUCCUGCCGCCGCCUGCGGGAGCUGGACGUGUCCCGCUGCAAGAAGGUGACGCCGCGCGCCCUGCGGCACCUGGCCUACGACCCGCUGGAACGGACCCCGGGCUGCCCGACGCUCCGCGUCCUCCUGGCGCGCGGCUUGGAGCCGGCGGGGGACGGCGCGGUGCCGGCGCUGGCCUUCGUGCUGCUGGCGCUGCCGCUCCUGGAGGUGCUGGCGCACGGCGACGCGCCGGCCGCGCUCGCCCUCCUGCACGCGGGGCGGCUCGACGACACCGGCGACGCCGACGGCUUCCCCUCGCUGCGGGAGCUGGCGCGGCGACGCGGCGGCCCUCCGCUCGCGCUGCCCCUGCGGCACCUGGAGGAGCUGACGGAGCCCGAGCUGGCGGCCGCCCGCGCCGUCUGCCCCGACGCCGAGGAGGUGACCGCGUGCCUCGGGGACGGCGAGACGGACGCCUGGGACGCGCUGCUGAGCUGGAGCCGCCUGGCCCGGCUGGGGCUGUCGUGUGCGGGGCCUCGGGGCCGGGCGCUGUGCGAGGCGCUGCCGCUGGUGCGCGGCCUGGGCUCGCGGCUGCAGAGCCUCGCGCUGCACGGCUUCCUCUUGGAGGACGAGCUCGCCCUGUGCGCGCUGCUCGGCUGCUGCCCCAACCUGCGGGACUUCAGCGCGGAGCUGCGGCCCCCGCCGCGCGGCCGCCCCGACGCCGAGCCGCCCGAGGAGCCGCCGCGGUGGGACACGGAGCUGCUGCCCCGCGAUCUGCCCCGCCUGCGCCGCUUCUCCCUGGCGCUGCCCGGACCCGUCCCGGAGCCCCACGGGCUGCUGCUGCGCGCCACCUUGGCGUCGCUGCUGUGCCGCUGCCCGCGCCUGCAGAGCCUGCGCCUGCUCGGCAUCGCGCUGCCGCUGGACUCCGUGUUCGAGACGGUGCUGACGGCGCCGGGGCCGCCGCUGCAGGAGCUGCAGGAGCUCUCGCUGGUCGAGAGCCGCGUGUCCGGGCGCACCGUGCGGCUGCUGCUGGCCUCCGACGGCCGCCUGCGCCGCCUGGACGUGUCCCGCUGCCGCGAUGUGCACCGCCGCGACUACGACGGCUUCCUGCAGGCCGUGCGGAAGCAGCGGCUGGACCUGGACAUCACCUGGGAGUAGCGCUCACACCGAGGCCUUUAAUAAAGCGCUUCCGCCGCG